GGCGGCCGUUACUGCACGUGUUGUUUUGAAUGGGAGGGCAAAGCCCAAUAUUACGGAAGUGACGUAACCCGUCGUCACUACCUUCGGUGUCAGUAUGGCGGUGGAGGCGGCUGUGUGCAAGCCGAAGACGAAGCGGGCAAAGAGGUUUCUUGAGAAGAAAGAUCCCAAGAUCAUUGAAAAUACGAAGAAUGCCAUGUUCAUCAAGGGUGGUAAUACCAGUGAAACAGUGACUCAGGCUCUCAGGGACAUUUAUUCCUUAAAGAAGCCAAAUGCAGUUCUUUAUAAGAAAAAAAAUAUUACUCGACCCUUUGAAGAUCAGACAUCGGUGGAAUUUUUUUCAAAGAAGUCUGACUGUUCUUUAUUUGUGUUUGGUUCUCACAAUAAGAAACGACCGCACAACUUGAUAAUAGGCCGUAUGUUUGAUUACCAUGUUCUGGAUAUGGUCGAGCUCGGAAUUGAAAAAUUUAACAGUUUGAGAGAUUUUAAGAACAGCAAGUCUGCAGAGGGAUCCAAACCUCUGUUGAUUUUUGCAGGAGACACCUUUGAAAUUGAUAAUGAUCUUAAAAGGAUAAAAAAUCUCUUUAUUGAUUUCUUUCGAGGACCCACAGUACCGAAAAUUCGUUUAGCUGGCCUGGAAAUUGUUCUACAUUUCACAGCUUUUGCUGGAAAGAUCUUCAUGCGAAGCUAUAAGGUACUGCUGAAGAAAUCUGGCUGCAGAAUACCCAGGAUAGAACUGGAAGAAAUGGGACCUUCCUUUAAUUUUAUACUAAGGAGAACACACUUUGCAUCUGAUGACCUCUACAAAAAGUCCCGUAAACAACCAAAAGCUUUUAAGGCGAAGAAGAAGAAGAAUAUUUCCCAAGAUGUAUUUGGGACAACAUACGGUCGUAUCCAUAUGGAGAAACAGGACCUCAGCAAACUGCAGACAAGAAAAAUGAAAGGGCUGAAGAAGAGGAAAGCAGAGAAGGGUGUCAUAGCUGAUGAGUCAGAGCACAGCCCAAAGAAGACCAAAGUAUAGUUAAAUAGGGUAGGAUUUUCCACCUCUGUAUUAAAGCGAUUGAAACCAACUGAAUCUCCAGCACCAGCAAGCACAGACGAGAUAAAUGGUCAAAUGUGAUUCUCCAGACUUUCGAUGUUAGUCAGGAUGUUGAUGUACCUGACCUUUAUUUGUGCACAAUAGACUGAUGUUUACAGUUUUCCUGUUUGGAGUGUUAAUUAUCAAAUUUCUACUGGGCAACCUUUCCCAUGUUAUUUUGAGAAAUCUGCCUUUGCAGAAUUCUUUGGUCCAAGGAGGUGAGGUUAGCAAUUAACUUUACAUUAUUGGAUGAAAUAUGGCUUAAAGCUACAUUCAUGCUUUCUUUGUUGGAAUGCUAAAUAGUAAAUUACUAUUAAAUGCUGAUAAGUAUGCAUUUUGGCAGAAUAGAAAUCAGCCCAAUUUGGAACAUGUGUAAAGAUCUUGAUAGCAUAACCACUGUUAUAACUGAUUUUGAAGCAAUAAAAAAAAAUCUGGUUUUGGGAAGACAAAGUAUCAGGUAUUCACAAAGCUCACUUAAAAUUUCAUUGUUUUCAGUAGCAGCUAAUAGGUAGGUGUCCUCGCUCAGUUUUGGGACUUCAGUUUGAAUUUUUCAUCAAUGUUACUAACCAAACUUUUGGUGCUAUAUGUCAUUGCAGAUUUUUAGCAACUUAGAGUAUUUUUCUUUCUGUUCAAAGAAAGUCUGUCUGACCUCCAUUAGGCACAGCCUUCAGAACUCUGAAACUAAAUUAAAAUUUACAUAUUAUUAAUGCUGGGAGGUUAAAUGUAACAAUAACAAUUACUAAAGCCAUGCAGGAAUAUUUUGAUAAAUAUCAGUUUGUAUUUUGUAUAUCGUUAAAAAUCAUGUUGUACUGUAGAACUUGCCUUGCAGUUGUGUGUCCCUUUUCAUCCUGAUUGAGCUAUGUUCUGUGGCAACUUCAGCUCUGAUGAAGAGACAUCUUUAGCGGUUUGCAGCGGUUCAAGAAGGCAGCUCACCACCACCUUCUCAAGGGUAAUGAGGGAUGGGCAAGAAAUGCUGGCCAGCGACACCCACAUCCUACAAAUGAAUAGAAAACAAAGCUAGACUUGAAAUGUUAACUUGUGCUAUCUGAUCCACAGUGACCUCCACAGUUUGUUUUCAGUAUCUUCUGUGAGAGAUUUUACACAUCUCCCAAUUUACCUGAAACCCCACACAACAUCAUCUACAGAUGAAAAUGCAUUGGGUAACCAUGCCAUGUGUGAGGAAAAAGUCCAGCCUUUGGGCAUUAGCUUAUCUUUUGGUUAUGUAGCAUUACAUAUUGCCGAUUUUGCAUCUGAUUUGUAGUAGCCAUUGGUUGUAAAUUAAUGGUUCCUUUCUUCAUCCCUGUGAAUUUGAGAUAUUGCUGAAAUUUGACAUUAAUAGGUAACAAUUCAUUUUUAUAUUUUUUAAUUCAUUUUGAAUUUUGUUAAGGCACACUCCCUGUAUUUUC